AUGGCACUUCAUAAUCAUAUUCAGAGUGAUGAAGAUGUGUACCGUGAGUGUGACCCUGUCCCAGAAGAGACGCCUCAGAUCAGAGGCUAUGACUUUAACCUGGGAGUGGACCACAAAGCCUUACUCCAGUCCUACUACAACACAGGCUUCCAGGCCACACACUUUGGCCUGGCGGUCAAUGAGAUCAACAACAUGAUAAAGAAGAGGAAGGAGCCUGUGAAGAGAAAGAAUGGACGAGUAGAAGAAGACCCCUCAACCUGCCCCUGUCUGAGUAGCUGCACUAUCUUCCUGAGCUACACCUCCAACCUGAUCAGCAGUGGCAUCAGAGAGACCAUCCGCUACCUCGUACAGCACCGAAUGGUGGACAUCCUUGUGACCACAGCAGGAGGAGUAGAAGAAGACCUCAUCAAAUGUCUGGCUCCCAUUUACCUGGGAGAUUUCCGUGCACCUGGCAUGGAGCUGUACAAGAGGGGCCUAAACAGGACUGGGAACACCCUGAUGCCCGAGUAUAACUAUCAGAAGUUUGAGAAUUGGAUUGUGCCUGUUCUUCAUCAGAUGUUGUUGGAGCAGAAUACUCUGGGUUUUAACUGGACACCUUCAAAGAUGAUUCAUCGUCUAGGCAAAGAAAUCAACCAUCCAGACUCGGUGUACUACUGGGCCUACAAGAAUAACAUCCCUGUGUUUAGUCCUGCUCUAACAGAUGGCGCUAUAGGAGACAUGUGUUACCUUUUCUCCAGAAAGAAUCCAGGCCUUAAUUUGGAUAUAAUUGAAGAUAUUACCAGACUAAACAACCUUUCUGUGGCUGCCAACAACACAGGUAUCAUUGCUCUUGGGGGAGGAGUUGCAAAACACCACAUAUUAAAUGCUAAUGCUUGGAGAAGUGGAGCGGACUAUGCCGUUUAUGUGAACACAGCACAGGAGUUUGACGGCUGUGAUUCAGGGGCAUCACCUGAUGAGGCUGUGUCCUGGGGAAAAAUCAGCCCAAAUGCUCAGCCGGUCAAGGUAUUUGCUGAUGCCACCCUCAUAUUUCCCUUGUUAGUUGCAGAGACCUUCGCAGUUCAAGAGGAGACUGUAAAUUUAGUGGCUUGAAAAACUCAUCCGCCAUAAUAUUAUCAUCACUGAGUGGCC